AUGGCAGCGCCGCCGUCCAUUGUGCCAUUUCACGUAGCCACACACAAGCUGAGCUUUCAUGGGGCAGUAAAAGAUUGGAAGACUGUGGUGCAGCGCAUCGUCGAGGACCUCAACACUGACGUUUGGUGCCUGCAAGACACCAGUGCAAGGCAUUUGAAGUUGCUCCCUGAUGGGUUCAGAGCGACCGGCUCAAGGGGGAUCACCUUUGUCAGCCGUAGUGCCUCCGUGCAGCUGCAUGCAGUUGCCUACGUGAAUAUGGCCUCAUUGUUGGUUAAGGCGUCGCGGCAGUGCGCCGCCGUUACGGAUUCCAUACCGGUUUCUACACAUCAUCUCUGCAAGUUGCCGCUGGUGGUCGGAUUUGCAGCGUGGGAUGUCACAGGACAGCGCGCCAGCAAUGCGCAUGGCGUGGUUAGCCGCGUCCUCGUUGUGAAUGUCGACUUUGAGCGUGUGAGGAGCUGGAGCACUGAGUUUCAGAGUAGUCUUGUCUACGUACUCUGUCGGCAGGUGUGGGGAGAUGUGCAUAGUUACACGCAGCAAUGGGGUUGCCGUCACGUCUGUUUUGCCGGCAGCUUCUUCUUUGCCCCUGGUUCCAUUCCAUAUACCAUGUUGACGUCUCACAGCGGCGGACUGAGAGAAGUAGUGGAUUCCGUUGUUGUUGUCAAGCCGUUUGCCUGCUGUCAUUUCGACGAAGUCCAUGGAGAGGGCAGCGCUGCUGCCAAGACCUUCAACAUAUGCGUCGUAGCGAGAGUGGCACAGCGCAUCGGUGAAAUGCAGGAGGUGCUGGGGAUUCACUUCGGCGGCGCCAAGAAGUCAAAAAUGCCCGUCCGCGAGCUGCAAGCGUUUUUCCGCCGAGAUACCGCGGCUACCUACAGCAGUCUGGAGCUGAUACCGGAGAUGGAGGAGGGCUGGUGGAGAGUGGCAAAGCCGCUCGACACAUCAGUUUCACAAGAAGUCAUGUUGCGCCUGCAGUGGCCAGCGGAAGAGAUGGACGAAAGCGACACAGCAAGCGAUCUCUCCCCUGGCCUCACGCCGCGCAUCCACCUUCUGGUUCGCUCAGGCGGAGUUCUGCCGCCCCAAUGUCAGGAGAUGGAGGGCCUUGUGGGCGUAUGUUCGCCUCUCCUCUCAAGCGUUAUGGCAGGUACGUGCGCUGGGAAAAAGGCGGUUGCUGCUACAGCAGAGCUGGAGGCGCUGUGCUUGAAGCGCGGGCAGGUGCUUCAGCCAACUAACGGCAUCAGUGCGGAGUGCGGUGAGCCCGUCAUUACAGCCCUCUACAGAGAGAACGUUCCCAUUCCACCCGGGUGCUAUGAUUACAUUUUUGUUUCCACUUUCACUGGCAUUACUGUGGAGUCGAAGCUCGCGCACGAUGCGAUGGAUUUUGCGCAGGAGCAGCUAACAGCACACCUCCCUUUGUUUGCUCAUCUAGUCCUCCCUGCCUCAAUCCCAUGA